AUGGACUCUGUACUUCUCGGUACACCAGCGACCAAGCAAGUGCCGCCCAGGUCGCCGCCUAUGGCUUUCCAGAUGACAUCCAACGAUGCACUCUGGGCUCCCUCAUUCAAUCCAAUGGCCAUGCAGUCCUUGUCGCAAGUCUCGUCGCCCUACUUCCUGGGCACUUCUCCCACCGAGAACGACAUGCAAGCCCAGCUCGACAAGCUGAACGAAGCCCUACGCCUACAACACCAGGCCUUUGUCGCCGAGCGAGAAAGUUGGCAGAUGGAACGAGACAGAAUGCACCGUCGUGUUACCGCUCUUGAAUCAUUACUCAAGUCUCCCAAUGGCCAGAGUCCUGCCAUGUCUCCCCAGAACGGCGUCAAGCCUGCUCCUUCUCAACUGCCCAGCAUAGCCGAAGUCGACACUUCUCGCCUGUCUCCGGAACAACCUCGUAUAAAGAGGGAUGCUGCCCCAGUUCACAUUGAUAUACCCACCCUCCAAGACGCUUCUGUCUUUGACGAUGAUGCUUCCUUGGAGGAAGUCUUACAAGGCGAUCUACCUGCCUCUCCGCCAGUCACUCGCAAUAUUCUCAGCCCUCCACCACCAGCCAACUUGAGGAAUGCCGGCCAUACUCCUCUCAAGGCUCCUCGUCCCGGUGACUUCAGCCCUGCCGUGAGUGUACGCUCAGACAGACUGAGCGAUACUCCAACGCGUAAAAACACUCUUAUGAACGAGGUCAUGUCGCAAGACGACGGUGCCGACGAAGAUCGCCCCUUGAAGGGUCCCUUGCACAUGCCUUCACUACCCUGCAAUCCAGGUGCCGAAAACUUCACCAUGGACAUGCUGGACGCAAAACUAAAAGAUAUCUCUGAGCAUCCCGAAGAAAAUCAGCCUCUGGUAUGUCAAAGCACCAAUCUGGUCCUCGAGGAGCCUUCCGAGGCCUUGCCUGAUUCCGACGAGAAAGUCGAUUCGGCUAGCAAAGAGGCCAAGGACAGGACUGAAUCGACCAGUUCAGAAAGCAAGGACAAGGACAUUCUAGACAAUGGAGGCAUUCGUCUCCGUACAAAGCCGAGUUCAAAUUUCGGCGCACCCCUUGGCUCGAUGGGUGGAUGGAGACGUUAG